AUGCGUUUGCAAAAUGGGGAAUCAACAAGGUUCUGGUCAGCUAACUGGACUCCAUUUGGAGAUCUCACUACUUUCUUAUCAGGGACUAAUUCAAGAAUGGGAAUACCUCGCAAUGCCAUGGUUUCAACGCUGUACUCAAAUGGAGUUUGGUGUCUUCCUCCAGCUACGUCAGAAGCUCGGAUACAGCUCUAUACUCACCUCACGACUCUUCACCUAACUGCAAAUCAAAACUACUAUGAGUGGAAAAUCGAAGGUCGUGUGCACAACACUUACAAAACAUGCACCGUCUACGAUUAUCUACGGGAGAGUAAACCUGAUGUCCAAUGGCACGGUGCGGUCUGGUUCUCCAAAGCUAUUCUGCGCCACACUUUCCAUACUUCGCUUGUAAUCCAGAAUUUCUUGCCUAUUAGAGAUCGACUGAUAAGUUGGGACCUACAGGUGGAUGAUCGUUGCCUCCUAUGCAAUGCUCAACCGGAAAGUCGUGAUCAGAAUUACUUCUCUUACGCCUUCAGUAAUGAUUUGUGGCAGACUGUAACAAGAAGGUUGCAGCUACAACCGUCAACUACAUGGCAGGACACUAUUGAUCGGAUGAUCUCUCUUCCUUCGCCGCUUCCUCAUCGUCUCCUUAUACUCCUAGCUUGGCAAGCCACUCUGUAUUGGCUCUAG